AUGGCCGAUGUUACCGAUCUUGUGGAGGUUGUGCAUCAGCUUAAGGUUGAACGAGACACCUGGAAAGCCGUUGCUCUCCAAUACAAGGGCGCUUUCGAAGUGCAAACGGCUCGCCUGAGGGAGCUACAAGAUAUCUGCUUCGCUACGCAAGCAGAAUUGGAGAACGAACACGCUCAGUAUCGACGCUUAGAUCCUAGUCUCGAUGGCGCACCCCGCGAUCGUCUGCCCAGCUUGAAUAGCACAGCGGAUCAUCAAGAUGAACCCUCUUUUGGUACAGCAACCUUAUUUUCGCCGAGUCUAAUCGAUGUGAGUUGGCGAUUCAAGCCUUCUGAGAGCUGUUGCAAUCCCAUCUUCAAGCGCGUACAGCAGUUUUCAACCCAGCAAAACUACGGUACAGCUCUGGUCGAAAUUGAAAGGUUGUUACGAGGUCCGCUAAGCUCCAAAGCUCGUGCGGAGGGACUAUUGUUGAAGAGCAGCAUCUUGCAAGCGACCGGUCCUGACGCGCUCUACGAUGCCCUUGCAGCUUGCAGUGAGGCUCUCGAAAUUUGUGACCGUAUGUCAGAGCUAGAGUCUCUGCUACCAAAGAUCCAAUACCAACGCGGCAUCUACUAUUAUCAGCUUCGAAUGCUCCAACAAGCACGAGAUGCAUUUACGGCGAUCAGCAAAGACAACCUGCUAUUUGAGAGGGCCAACGAGUACCGUCAGUCGUGCGAUGACGAGCUUGAGUUGCUCCAUAUUCAAAAAGGUCGUUCCGCAUUUGACGAGAAACGAUCCACCUCGAUCACCGAUAGCUUUCUCGCGCAUCUAGAUGUCGGUUCGACACAUGGUAGAAUUCGCCGCACGAGUGCGCAGUUUAGAUUACGCGCCACCGCGAAGGCAAAGCGAAUGUCACUUCCUCACAGAUGGACGUCCUCAAGAACUGAUGAGGCUGGAUCUGGCUGA